AUGAGAGUCACUCGCUCGCAGACGGGGAUAACCCCCAAGAAAGUUGACCGUCCCGGUUACGUCGAGACGCCUGGUGGCCGUCGAGUCGCCCGCAGCAGCGUUGCGCCGUCCGAGGAGCCAUCCGAUUCAGCGACCGAGUCCAGGGGCCGGACGAGAUCGACUACUCGACGACGUUCUACACGCGUGAAAAGCGAAGACCUCUCUGAGGAUGAGGACAAGGCUGCGUCGAGCAAUGGUCACGCCAAUGGACAUGCCAAUGGACACUCCAAUGGACACUCCAAGGUCAAGAAGGAGCGCAUCAUUGAUGGCUGGGUGGAAGGCAAGGACCCCAAGGUCGACUACAGCGGACAUUAUGAAUUCGGUGGUUCCGCUGGUGUCCUCUCGAUGAUGAUCGGAUUCCCGCUCCUGAUGUACUACAUGUGGAUUGGUGCGACCUACUACGAUGGCAAGUUCCCUCGUCCUUCAGAGGGCCAGAGCAUGUCGGAAUUUUUCGCGCACCUCGGCCAUCUGGCGUACGAAGGUGCAUUCCCGUCUGUCAAGGCGUGGACUAUUUACUGGGUUUUUUUCAUCUUCGAAGGUGCUUGCUAUCUGCUUAUCCCUGGGAUCACUGUCAUGGGUCGUCCACUGCCUCACCUUGGAGGCAAGCAGCUUCCGUACUACUGCUCCGCACUUUGGUCGUUCUGGACUACGAUCGCGAUCGCUUGCACGCUCCACUUCACCGGAAUUUUCAAGUUGUACACCAUCAUCGACGAGUUCGGCCCUCUCAUGAGCGUGGCUAUCCUAUCUGGAUUCAUCGUCGCCUUUAUCGCCUACUUUUCGGCAUUGGCUCGUGGAGCGGAGCACCGCAUGACCGGAUAUCCUAUCUAUGACUUCUUCAUGGGAGCAGAGCUCAACCCUCGCAUGUUCGGUAUCUUGGACUUCAAGAUGUUCUUCGAAGUCCGCCUGCCUUGGUACAUUCUUCUGCUUGUCACCAUGGGUACUGCCGCCAGACAGUACGAAGUCUAUGGAUACGUUUCUGGAGAAGUUGGAUUUUUGUUAAUGGCACACUUCCUCUAUGCAAACGCCUGCUCCAAGGGUGAAGAAUGCAUUGUGUCCACAUGGGAUAUGUACUAUGAAAAAUGGGGUUUUAUGCUGAUCUUCUGGAACCUCGCUGGUGUGCCCUUGAGUUACUGCCACUGCACGAUCUACCUUGCCAACCACGACCCCGCUACUUACCACUGGAACCGCUAUUUCCUGGCCUUCCUCUAUUUGGCCUACCUGUUUGUUUACUGGGUCUGGGACACCACGAACAGCCAGAAGAACCGAUACCGCCAGCAGGAGCGCGGCACCACUGUGUUCCGCAAGGCCUUCCCUCAACUGCCUUGGCAAACAAUCAAGGACCCCAAGACUAUCACUGCCGCGGACGGCUCCAUGAUCUUGAUUGACGGCUGGUACGGCAAGGCUCGCAAGAUCCACUACACUUGCGACCUCUACUUUGCUCUUAACUGGGGUCUUAUCACCGGGUUCAAUAGUCCAUUCCCUUGGUUCUAUCCCGUCUUCUUUGCGUGCAUGAUCUCGCAUCGUGCUCUCCGGGACAUUCAGCGCUGCCGCAACAAGUACGGCGAGGCUUGGGCUGAGUAUGAGAGACGGGUCCCAUACCUCUUCAUCCCUUACGUAUUCUAA